GACAGCCGAGAAGAAGCAGUUCUCGGGAGCAUCCCUCUGCCCAGCUAUGUCAUCUCCCCUGUGGCCCCUGAGGAUCGCAUAAGCCGCAAGUAUUCUUUUAAGGCUGUGCAUACGGGCAUGAGGGCGCUCAUCUAUAGCACCACCACAGCGGGCUCCCAGGCUGAGCACUCGGGCAUGAGGACCUACUUCUUCAGUGCUGACACCCUGGAGGACAUGAAUGCCUGGGUCAGGGCCAUGAACCAGGCUGCACAGGUGCUGUCUCGAUCAUCACUCAAGAGGGACAUGGACAAGGUGGAGAGGCAAGCCAUGCCACAGGCCAACCACACGGAAGCUUGUCAAGAAUGUGGCCAUGUGGGACCUGGUCACUCGAGAGACUGUCCUCAGCGAGGCUAUGAAGACUCUUUUGGCUUCGACAGGAGGGAGCCGGAGGAUGAGCGUUUCCGUUCUCAAAGGGACCCACUGGAGGGCAGGCGGGACAGGAACAAGGCCAGGUCCCCAUACUUGCCAGCUGAGGAAGAUGCUUUGUUUGUGGAUCUACCCGGUGGACCCCGAGGCCAGCAAGCACAGCCACAGCGGCCUGAGAGGAAUGGCAUCCCACCUGUCUCUUAUGGCCCAGGAGAACAAAAUGGUACCAAUGGGUACCAACGUGUUGCUCCUCCCAGGACCAACCCAGAGAAACACAGCCAGAGGAAGACCAACCUGGCCCAGACAGAGCACUGGGCAAAGACUCAGAAGGGAGACGGCAGGAGCUUGCCCUUAGACCAGACACUUCCUCGCCAGGGUCCCAGUCAGCCCCUGUCCUUCCCGGAAAACUACCAGACUCUUCCCAAAAACACUAGACAUCCUUCUGGGAGCUCUUCACCCCCUCCCCGGAACCUGCCCAGUGACUACAAGUACGCACAGGACCGAGCAAGCCAUCUGAAGAUGUCCAGUGAGGAGCGUCGGGCACACAGGGAUGGUACCGUGUGGCAGCUCUACGAGUGGCAGCAGAGGCAGCAGUUCCGGCAUGGCAGCCCCACGGCGCCCAUAGGAGCUGGCUCCCCGGAGUUCACUGAGCAGGGCCGCAGCCGGAGCCUGCUAGAGGUGCCCCGCUCCAUCUCUGUGCCUCCAUCUCCUUCUGACAUCCCUCCUCUAGGGCCUCCCAAGCCCUUACCACCCCGGCGGCCACAUACACCAGCAGAAAGGGUCACAGUGAAGCCACCUGAGCAGAGGAGGAGUGUGGACAUCUCUUUGGGAGGUUCUCCCAGGAAGGCACGGGGUCAUGCUCUUAAGAACUCCUCUCAUGUGGACCGGCGUUCCAUGCCUUCCAUGGGCUACAUGACCCACACAGUCAGUGCUCCCAGCUUACAUGGAAAAUCGCUGGAAGAGCUCUCGCUGCUGCUCACCCGGUUGCAGCGGCACCAGGCCAAGUUGGCCAGCGUGCGCAAUUUCGCCGUGGGCCAGUUACUGCACCACUACUUGACCUUUCCUGCCUGCCAGGCUGAUGAUACCUACCUCCAGCUGAAGAAGGACCUGGAGUACCUGGAUCUAAAGAUUAAAAAUAAUGAACCUUUGAUCAACGUGCUUUACAAAGUGCUGAAGAAGUCAGCACGGGGCUGUCGGCCCGGGAGAAGCAUGACAGGCCGAGAUCUUCUUAAGGAUCGAAGUCUGAAGCCGAUGAAGAUCGCUGAAAGUGACAUUGAUGUCAAGUUGAGUGUUUUCUGUGAACAAGACAGGAUCCUCCAGGACUUGGAAGACAAGAUCCGAGCUCUCAAGGAGAAUAAAGACCAGCUAGAGUCCGUGCUGGAGGUGCUGCACAGGCAGACAGAGCAAUACCGAGACCAACCACAGCACCUGGAAAAGAUCACGUGUCAGCAGAGACUCCUCCAGGAGGACCUCGUCCACAUCCGGGCAGAGCUCUGCAGAGAGUCUACGGAGAUGGAAAAUGCCUGGAAUGAGUACCUGAAGUUGGAGAGGGAUGUGGAACAGCUGAAGCAGACCCUGCAGGAACGACACAGAAGAACCUUUUUCUUCCAGGAGAAGUCUCAGAUACAGAAGGAUCUGUGGAGGAUCGAAGAUGUCAUGGCAGGCUUGAGUGCAAAUAAAGAGAACUACAGAGUCCUGGUGGGGUCUGUCAAAAAUCCAGAAAGGAAAACGGUGCCUUUGUUCCCUCACCCGUCCGUGCCUUCACUCUCUCCAACUGAGAGCAAGCCGGCUUUGCAGCCUAGUCCUCCCACCAGCCCUGUGCGGACACCUCUGGAGGUCCGACUUUUCCCGCAGCUGCAGACCUACGUGCCAUACCGACCUCACCCGCCCCAGCUGAGGAAAGUGAUGUCCCCUCUUCAGUCACCAACCAAGGCGAAGCCUCAGGUGGAAGACGAGGCACCCCCCAGGCCACCACUUCCUGAACUCUACAGCCCAGAGGACCAGCCCCCAGCUGUGCCACCUCUGCCUAAGGAAGCUACCGUCAUACGGCACACAUCUGUACGGGGCCUCAAGCGACAGUCUGACGAAAGAAAGAGGGACCGGGAGCAGGGCCAGUGUGUGAAUGGCGACUCGAAGGUGGAGCUCCGGUCCUAUGUGAGCGAGCCAGAGCUGGCCAGCCUCAGUGGGGACGUGCCUCAGCCCUCCCUGGGCCUCGUGGGCUCUGAGAGCAGGUACCAGACACUGCCAGGCAGAGGGCUCUCGGGCUCCACAUCCAGGCUCCAGCAGUCAUCCACCAUUGCUCCCUACGUCACUCUCCGGAGGGGUCCGAAUGCCGGAAACAGCAGUAUGACCUUCUCUAGACCCAAGAGUGCCUUGGAGCGCCUGUAUUCAGGGGACCACCAGCGGGGCAAGAUGAGUGCGGAGGAACAGCUGGAGCGGAUGAAGCGACACCAGAAGGCCUUGGUCCGGGAGCGCAAGAGGACCCUGAGCCAAGGAGAGAGACAGGGCCUGCUCUCAGCCAGAUACCUCAGCCAGCCACUGCCUGGAGAUCUUGGCUCAUGGAAGCGAGAACAAGAUUUUGACCUGCAGCUGCUGGAGCGGGCUGCUCAGGGGGACAGAAAAGACAGAGAAGACGGCUGGCUAAAAGUGCAGGCCACACCUGUCAUGGAGUUGGACCUAGAGCCACAAGACUAUGAUUUGGACAUCAGCAGAGAGCUGUCUAAGCCAGAGAAGGUCUCCAUCCCUGAGCGGUACGUGGAACUGGAUCCCGAGGAGCCACCCAGCCUUGAAGAGCUGCAGGCACGGUACCGGAAAGCUGAGAAGAUCCGAAAUAUCCUCGCUCGUUCAAGCAUGUGUAACCUGCAGCCCCCAGGCCAGGACCGCAACAGCCUGGCUGACCUGGACUCGCAGCUGCAGGAACAGGAGCGGAUCAUCAACAUCUCUUAUGCCCUGGCCUCAGAGGCCUCUCAGCGCAGCAAGCAGGUAGCAGUGCAGCAGCUGGCCCUCCUCCCGCCUAAAGCCCCCCUGUCCGCCAGGACGGUGCCACCUUACCCCCCCUUAAGCAACGGACUGCACUACACCUUUGUCUAACACCUUCCAACCCAGGCAGUAGCAGACCCAUGAUCCAGUGUGCAGAGGAGAAGCCUGGACCUGGGGGCCCAGCUCAACCAGCAUCUUCAUGAAAUAUUGUCUCCUCUGCGCAGUGGAAACCCUUCCAGCUGAACAGGGCUCGCGCUGGAGGAGAGAAGAGCCCACCCAGCAUGGUGGGUACAGCAUGGAACAAGGGUUCCGUCCCAACACAAGCCCAUUGUUUCGGUCCAGAGUCCUUCCUACAGAUGACAGAAGCACUUUUGAUGCACGAUGUGAAAUAUACUGUAUUUUAGGAUCAGAAUGUAUUUUAUAUCCUCACCUCAAGGUCUGAGUGGCUGAAAGGUGAGCCUGCAGGGUUUUGUAGCCACACAUAGGGAUUCAGGUACUACGGUGGGGGGGGCAUAGUGGGGAGGGGAGAAAGGGCAGGACAGGCAGGGGCCAUUCCCACUGCCCACGAAGCCAGAGGGCGGCUGGAUUUGGGAAUGUGCUUCCUGUGGGUUCCAGCAUGAGGCUUGUUACCAUGCUCCCCAGAAAGUGAGGAGCAGUUGACUGCCAAGGCCAGUACCCCUGAGCUGAGGCCCAGCCUUGGAAACUCCACCGGGAUGGCCCAUGGAGCCUGUCUGGGCCUUGGUGCUGACUGAGGAGCAACCACGGCUGUUCAGAAGUGGUGGCUUCUUCAGCCUGUCAUGAAGCAGUGAAGUUCCCUCCGCGAACAGUUCUCAGAAAACCAGAAGCCACUGUGAAGUGGAAAUGGGAGAUGUGUUGUAGCAAUAAACUCCACACUGGGUGGUAUCUGCAUACAAAUGCCUACCCUACCAUCAUCCCUCCAGCCUGCUGUGGGGAAACCCAGGACGGCCUCCCUGGGACUGGUGAGGAGGGCAGGCAGAACCAGGGCACAGGACUUUGACCUGACUCUAGCCCAGCUGAGGAAGAGGUGACCAUGCCAGACACAGUGUUCUUGGCCCCAUAUUUAACUUGUCUCCUGGUUUUCUACAUACAGGAAGCAAUGGUUGAAAGAAAACAAACUAAAAACCCCUCCAUUGUGUGGAGCCACAUUUUAAAUGAAAAUUUGUCUUUGACUAUACUUAAAAGAAAAAAAAAUCCUUGAAUAUAUUUAGAAGUUGCUGUCUAUUUUUAACUAACUCCAUAUGCUGCCAGUAUCAACUUCAUGACAUUUGCCAAAAUAAAAUUUUAUUUUUGCCUUUAUAAGAUUUUGUUGGAGAAAAUGAAAUGAAU